AUGGCACCGAGGAACAGCGGGUCAAGGCGGCUGAAAGCGCGAAGGACAAGGAUUCGACAAAGAUACUUUGAUCAGAUCGUCGAGAUUCUUCCAACUCUCGCAUCAAACUCAACGAGCUUGUCUUGGGCAGAUGGGCUCUUGCCUCAAGGAGGAGUUGCAGUCGACUUCUGUGGAGGGUCAGGGCAUCUUGGGCUUGUUCUUGCAACGUUGCGAAGUGAUGCGACGAUAUACAUCGUUGAGAAGAAGGGGGCGCAUUGUGACAUUGCCCAGAAACGAUCGGAUCUGAUGGGAUUGAAGAAUGUGAAAGUCAAGAACCUCGAAGUCUCUGAAUUUCAUGAAGCUUUUGAUGUAGGGCUUGGGUUACAUGCUUGCGGUGCAAGCUAUGUUCUUGCUCCUUGCUGUUACGGUUUCAUCUCUAAGGCACUUGAUAAGUACAAGUUGGAGUAUGUCGACAAAAACACGAAUGCAGACAUGUGCUACCUUGCUGAUCCUGUUCGCUCUCAAGCGAGCUUGGCCGGCACGCCAGCACUCGGGGGAUAUUUCUUUGUACGGGGAAGAGACACGGACCCUCAGAGAAUGCUCAAGGUUCGAGCUCGAGUGUAUCUGCAGGCAAAGGAGCAGGAGGAAAGAGAGGGAUCUGCUGAUGGCACAUUUUGGCCAACCGAAUACUCCUUCACGGAGCAACGCGAAAAUUUUGCGCGUAGUUGCAUGUUUGCAGUUGAUCUAGACAGAAGUCUAGCCGCUGAGGAGACGGGAUAUUUGGCCACUAUGACCAGCAUGUGUGACGGUGACAUCGAUGCGGCAGGACAGAAGAAUCAGACAGGUUUUAAGCGAUGGAGUAGGAUCCCCAGGUGUCGGUGGGUCCACCAGUGUAUCCUGGAGCAAUACCCUGGAGGAAGAUCAGGAAGGAACGACACUAGAAUGCGGACUCACAGCAUUGACUCCGUUGAAGUAGCCGGGAUGGCCAACAGGGUAAUCGGGGGUGCCACGAAGAGGAGGAUGGCCACCGGACCAGUUGCUGCGAUAGACGUCAGCGACAAGGGAUCAUAG